AUGAAAACACAUCUUGUCACUCCGGAUGGCAACUGUCUUUUUAGAGCAUUGUCCUUCUGCCUGUUCGGAUUCGAGGAGCAUCACCCCGACAUCAGGCACAGGUGCGUCCACCACGUCUUAAGACACUGGGAUUCGUACAAGAACUUCAUAAUCGGAGAUGAGUCCUUCGGGGCGAAGAUCUCGACGCCGGAGGACUACGGGAGACACAUGGGUGCGGACGGGACGUACGGCGGCCACGUGGAGAUCACAGCUGCGGUAGACAUCUUCAACCUGACCAUCGUCGUCAUCGAUUCCGCGACAAAUUACUCUCACGAGUUCGGGAGCGGCAGGAGAGGAAAAGUCUGCUCUUUACUGUUUUCGGGAUCCCAAGACAAAGGACAUUUCGAUGUGAUUCUCUGA